UAUUUUGACUGUCGUAAAAGUAAGUGGUGCAGUGAUGGACAGCAGCGCUCAGGCUUAGUCUAUGGUUUCCCGAACGCAGCGGACUGUCACGGUGCAGAGUCGACAAGAUUUUUGAAGAUAUAACUAGCUAGCUAGACGUUUUGAACAUCAUGGACGGCUCUGGAGACGAGUUUAUGAAGUACCGUUCACCGCUGGUGUCACGGUAUGCCAGCAAGGAAAUGGCCUACAACUUCAGUGACAGAAAGAAAUUCACGACCUGGAGGAAGCUUUGGAUCUACCUGGCCAAAGCUGAAAAGGCCCUGGCCUUGCCCAUCACCGAUGCCCAGGUGGCAGAGAUGGAGAGCCACAGGGAGGACAUUGACUUUGCCAUGGCGGCGGAGGAGGAGCGCAGGCUGAGGCAUGAUGUGAUGGCCCACGUCCACACCUUUGCCCACUGCUGCCCCUCCGCUGCUCCCAUCAUCCACCUGGGCGCUACCUCCUGCUACGUUGGAGACAACACGGAUUUGAUCAUGCUGCGUGAUGGCUUUGACAUUCUGCUCCCCAAGCUUGCCCGUGUGGCAGACAGGCUGGUGAACUUUGCUGAGAAGUAUGCUGACCUCCCAACUCUAGGAUUCACACACUACCAACCAGCCCAGUUAACCACGGUGGGCAAGCGGGCCUGUCUGUGGCUGCAGGAUCUGACCAUGGACAUGAGGAACCUUCAGCGUGCCCGCGACGACCUGCGUUUCCGGGGGGUCAAAGGAACCACGGGCACACAGGCUAGCUUCCUGCAGCUCUUCCAGGGGGACCAUGACAAGGUGGAUGAGCUGGACAGGAUGGUCACAGAGAUGGCCGGCUUCAAAAAAGCCUACCUGGUUACGGGGCAGACGUACAGCCGGAAGGUGGACGUGGACUCGCUGGCCAGUCUGGCAAGCCUGGGCGCCUCCAUCCACAAGAUCUGCACUGACAUCCGCCUGCUGGCUAACCUGAAGGAGAUAGAGGAGCCCUUUGAGAAAGAGCAGAUUGGGUCCAGUGCCAUGCCCUACAAAAGGAACCCGAUGCGGGCGGAGCGCUGCUGUAGCCUGGCUCGCCACCUGAUGGCGCUGAUCUCUGACCCCCUGCAGACUGCUGCCGUCCAAUGGCUGGAGAGGACACUGGACGACAGCGCCAACAGGAGGAUCUCUCUCCCUGAGUCCUUCCUGACCGCUGACAUCAUCCUCAGCACUCUGCAGAACAUCACCGAGGGCCUGGUGGUCUACCCCAAGGUGAUUGAGAGACACAUCCGCCAUGAGCUACCCUUCAUGGCCACAGAGAACCUCAUCAUGGCUAUGGUGAAGGCUGGAGGCAACAGACAGGACUGCCACGAGAAGAUCCGGGUGCUGUCCCAGCAGGCGGCCGCUGUGGUCAAGCAGGAGGGCGGGGACAACGACCUCCUGGCCAGGGUCCAGGCCGACCCCUACUUCACCCCCAUCCUGGGCCAGCUGGACUCCCUCCUGGACCCCACCACCUUCAUUGGCCGCGCCCCACAGCAGGUGAGACACUUCCUGGACGAGGAGGUGCGCCCCCUGUUGGAGCCCUACAGGGCAAAGAUGGACGUCCAGAUAGAGCUGGAGCUCUGAGCCACCCCCCCUCAGACACUCCUCGUGUGAUUGGUCUGUUAGACGGAUGAGUGCGUUAGUGUCAUGUUCUCAGUCACACCCUGGUGAUUAGUGGCACAUGGUAAAAACGUAUACCAAUUUCCUUCCCCAUUUUACCACCAGCGUUCAGAGUCAUUUGUCAGUGUCUUUGCUGUGUGCCAUUAAUAUGGAGUAUAGUGGUGAUGCCCAGGUGUCACCCGGGCUGACGGGGCUUCCACAGCGCAGGGUGGAAGGUACACACACUCACACAUGCGCACACACACUCACACAUACUCACACUCACACACAUACCAAGUGAGCCUUUGUCAUGAGCAGCCUUGUACUGUGCAACAAUAAAAUUCUCCCAAUCCUAAAAACAUGUGUGAUGUUCUGAUCCACUGAGUCAGUUCUCUGCCCCCUGCUCAGGGGGUUCUGGAACCUCAUAGCCUUGGUCAUGAUCUCUACUCAGACCAUCAUAACAUGGAUGUGAUGGGGAACUGAUUAAUGACUAACUGCAGUAGUGUGACUAAUGUGACAGGAAAAGGGAGCAUGUUGGUGAGAAUCGUGCGUAAAAAUACAGGUGCAUCUCAAUCAAUUAGAAUAUCAAAAAGUUGAUUUAUUUCAGUACUUUGACUCUAAAAGUGAAACUCCUAUAUUAUAUAGAUUCAUUACACACAGACUGAUAUAUUUCAAGUGUUUAUUUAUUUUAAUUUUGAUGAUUAUAACUGACAGCUAAUGAAAGCCCCAAAUUCAGUAUCUCCAAAUAUUUGAAUAUUACCUGAGACCAAUAAAAAAAGAUCAAUUCAAUACGGUCAAUUUACGGGUAACCCGUGAAGUAGGAAUUCAAUCUUUUAUAAAAUAUGAUCUCCGGCCUGAUUGGCUCAGUCAGAGUUUCGCCACAUAGACUGCCACAAGCUGACAGUGCAGAGAAAAGGCUGAGGCAGCAACGCGGUGGCGCCCGCCUGAGUGUGGAGUUGCGGACGAUCGGCGUGGCCGUAGGACCCUCUGUGGAGGAGCAUGAUGCCGGUGGACUGUUGUAACGACAGAGAAACUGAAUGACUGUAUUGUAAUAUGCUAAUCUGAAUGUAUCGAUGUUUAUAGUUCAGGUAUAAACAGUUAUAUUGUCA